UGCUCAAGCUCUGUUUCUCUCUCUACAAUUUGUGUCACUCUCCAACUCUGCUUCUAUCUCUCUCUCUCUAAAUUCUCGGUUUCCAUCUCCUCUCUCUUCACUCACCGCUUUGAAACGGCUACAUUUUUAGGGUUUCCUUUCUCAACCUAAUUGUCUAGUUUCUGCUCGAGGUUUGGAUUUUUCCUGAGGAUACUGUGGUUUUCUGUUCCAAGAAAUACUGUGCAGUGGCUUUUUCUCUCAAGAGGGGUAAAAUAUUAAGAAAUACUCAAUUAAGCUUUCUUACGAGAUUUGACAAUGGAUCCCUCGGAACAAGAUGGUAAUGGUGCUCCAGAAGCUCUGCCACCUCCUCCACCUGUUCCUCCUAACGUUACUCCAAUUAAAGCUGUAUCAGAACCUGAAGCGAAAAAGGUUCUCCGAGUCCCGAUGGCUAGACGUGGCCUUGGGACCCGGGGAACGAAGGUUCCUAUUCUAACCAACCACUUCAAAGUGAACGUGAGCAAUGUUGAUGGGCACUUCUUCCAUUACAGUGUUGCCCUUUCAUAUGAAGAUGGUCGUCCUGUUGACGGCAAGGGUGUUGGCAGGAAAGUGCUCGACCGAGUCCAUGAGACAUAUGAUACCGAGUUGGCUGGGAAAGAAUUUGCUUAUGAUGGAGAGAAAAGUUUGUUCACUGUUGGUCCACUUCCACGGAAUAAACUUGAGUUUACUGUUGUUCUUGAGGAUGUUACGUCAAGUAGGAACAAUGGAAAUGCCAGCCCGGGAGGGCAUGGAAGCCCUAAUGAGAGUGAUCGUAAACGGUUGAGGCGCCCUUACCAAUCGAAAACUUUCAAAGUGGAGAUAAGCUUUGCUGCAAAAAUUCCUAUGCAGGCCAUUGCGAAUGCUUUACGUGGGCAGGAAUCUGAAAACUCUCAAGAAGCUUUACGGGUUUUGGAUAUCAUAUUAAGGCAGCAUGCAGCUAAGCAGGGUUGCCUACUGGUUCGUCAAUCGUUUUUCCAUAACGAUGCGAGGAACUUUGCUGAUGUUGGAGGUGGGGUUCUCGGUUGCCGAGGAUUCCACUCAAGCUUCAGGACCACCCAAAGUGGCUUAUCUUUGAACAUUGAUGUAUCUACGACCAUGAUUAUCCAGCCUGGGCCAGUGGCUGACUUUCUGAUUAGCAACCAAAAUGUGAGAGAUCCUUUCUCAGUUGACUGGGCGAAGGCCAAACGCACGCUUAAGAAUUUAAGGGUGACGACAAGUCCCACUAACCAAGAGUACAAAAUAACCGGCUUAAGUGAGAAACCUUGCAGAGAGCAAAUGUUCACAUUAAAGCAGAAAAGUAAGGAUGGUGAUGGUGAAUAUCAAACAACAGAAGUCACUGUCUACGAUUACUUUGUCAACCACCGUAACAUUGACUUACGAUAUUCUGCUGAUUUACCAUGCAUCAAUGUUGGAAAGCCAAAACGUCCAACUUACUUCCCAAUUGAGCUUUGUUCUCUGGUCUCUUUGCAACGUUAUACAAAAGCUUUAUCUACAUUUCAAAGAGCUUCUCUGGUGGAGAAAUCACGCCAAAAGCCACAAGAGAGGAUGUCGGUCCUGAGUAAUGCUUUGAAAAUCAAUAACUAUGAUGCAGUGCCCAUGCUACGUUCUUGUGGUGUUUCUAUCAGUAGUAACUUUACUCAGGUUGAAGGGCGUGUUCUGCCAGCCCCUAAGCUCAAAGUCGGCAAUGGAGAAGAUUUGUUUGCCCGCAAUGGAAGAUGGAACUUUAACAAUAAGAAAUUUGUUAAUGCAUGUAAGAUAGAACGUUGGGCUGUGGUCAACUUCUCUGCUCGCUGUGAUGUGCGUAACCUGGUCAGAGAUUUGAUGAAAGUUGGUGAAAUGAAAGGAAUAAGUGUGGAAGCUCCAUUCGACGUGUUCGAAGAAAAUCAGCAGUUCCGACGAGCUCCGCCCAUGGUUAGAGUGGAGAAAAUGUUUGAAGAGGUGCAAUCAAAGCUUCCUGGACCACCAAAGUUCCUACUUUGUUUGCUUCCAGAGCGGAAAAAUUGUGACAUAUAUGGCCCAUGGAAGCGUAAAAACUUGUCUGAUUUCGGAGUUGUUACUCAAUGCCUUGCCCCCAUGCGAGUUAACGAUCAGUAUCUGACGAAUCUGCUGCUGAAAAUAAAUGCAAAGCUUGGUGGGUUGAACUCUGUGUUAGCUGGUGAGCUAUCUCCGUCGAUUCCAAUGGUAUCUAAGGUUCCCACCUUGAUUCUUGGCAUGGAUGUUUCGCAUGGCUCACCUGGACAGUCUGAUAUCCCAUCAAUUGCUGCGGUCGUUAGCUCAAGGCAGUGGCCGUCAGUUUCUCGCUAUAGAGCCUGUGUCCGCACUCAAUCUCCAAAAGUUGAAAUGAUAGAUUCCCUAUACAAACGUGUGUCAGACACUGAAGAUGAUGGCAUUAUGAGGGAACUUCUGAUAGAUUUCUAUGUUAGUUCUGGGAAAAGGAAGCCAGACCAAAUUAUUAUAUUCAGAGAUGGUGUCAGUGAAUCACAGUUCAACCAAGUCCUGAACAUUGAACUGAAUCAAAUUAUCGAGGCCUGCAAGUUCCUUGACGAGAACUGGUCCCCCAAGUUUGUGGUGAUUGUCGCACAGAAAAACCACCACACAAAAUUUUUUCAGCCAAAUUCUCCUGAUAAUGUGCAGCCAGGGACGGUAAUAGAUAAUAAAGUUUGUCAUCCCAGGAACUAUGACUUUUAUUUGUGCGCACACGCUGGGAUGAUUGGGACAACAAGGCCCACGCAUUAUCACGUCCUGCUAGAUGAGGUUGGUUUCUCGGCAGAUGAUUUGCAGGAGCUUGUCCAUUCCUUGUCUUACGUGUAUCAACGGAGUACCACUGCUAUAUCUGUUGUUGCCCCCAUAUGCUACGCCCACUUGGCAGCAACGCAGUUGGGCCAGUGGAUGAAGUUUGAAGACGCAUCAGAGACGUCAUCAAGCCACAAUGGCACUGGGCCGGGUGGUGCUCCUGCCGUUCCCCCCAUGCCCAAGUUACAGGAGAACGUCCGAAACUCCAUGUUUUUCUGUUGAGGCCUGUGAGCCAUUUUCUGUUUGACUGGAAACGGUAGCUUUUGUCUAGGUUAUAUGUAGCUUUCCCCCUCACUUCUGUUAUCGUUGUUUCCCCAUGAGUGCAGAACUCAUAACCAGUAGUCUGCCUUAGUAUUAACACAAGCAGGUUGUUGCCCGUGCGAUGUUUGGAUUUUGGUCUGCGGUGAUUGCAUGGAAGCAACUUGUUGCUUGUGGUGUUAAUGCUUUGGCUUGGAUCCGUAGGCUUUCUUUAGAUUAUCUAUUAGGAACUCUGGUUGGAGUCCAAAACCCUGUUUGAAUGCUUGUUUCCUGUGUUUUAUGUGUAUAUGAUCUAAAUAUCUGUGUUCCAAAAUGGGUUUCUCUCGUU